AUGGCGGCAGCGCUUGAUCAACCACUUUUCAACUCAAUCGCGGGCCCUUCCACGACUGAUGCGACCUCGAUUACGCCUCCCCACAGCGCCAACGGCAAGAAGGAGGUCCCCGAUGGUGUUCCAUCUGAGCUGUCGGAUCUUGAAUUGGACUCCAAUGUUGUCGUAGCCUCGGACAUGCCUUCAGUAAAGGGAGAGGAUGAGGAAAUUGAACCGGACCAUUAUUAUGGCGGCGGCAAGAUCCCCGUGUUCAAGCCGACAAUGGAUCAAUUCCGCGACUUCCAGUAUUUCAUCAACAAGGUUGAAAGCUACGGUAUGCGGUCAGGCAUCAUCAAGGUCAUCCCUCCCAAAGAAUGGGCCGAUUCCCUUCCUCCUCUCGACGAAGCAGUUAAAAGGAUCCGAGUGAAAAAUCCGAUCAUGCAAGAGUUCCAUGGAUCGCAUGGAACCUACACUCAGGCGAACAUUGAGCGACAAAGAUCCUACAAUCUGCCUCAGUGGAAGAGUUUGUGCGAGGAAAGCAGCCAUCAGCCUCCGGCCCGGAGAGGCGAGAGACGCCGCAACCAGGAAAAGGUCAACCGUGCUCCGGCAGCCCCCAAGGUACAAACUACACGGUCCGACUCUCAAAAGCGGCGCCCGGGCCCAGGACGUCCCCCGAAGCGAUCCAACCAGGUGAAGGUGAAAGAAGAGCCCCCGGCGGAGGAAGGUCUUGAGAAGACCAAGUCCGAAGGUCCGCCAACCCCAGUCUCUCCCGAAUCCAACCCUGUCGAGACCAAAACGGAGGAAUUGAGUGAUGGAGAGUCCUUGCCCGUUCCGAAGCCCAAGGGACGGCAACCAAAGUCAGUGACAGCGCGAAGGAAGCAUAACAAGGGCGACGCGAUCGACUUUGUGGAUGAAGAAGCUUUCAACGACUUCGACUAUCGUAUCCAUAACAAUGAGGAGUACACACAAGAACGAUGCGAGGAGCUCGAAACCGCCUACUGGAAAUCGCUGAUGUUUAACAAUCCGAUGUAUGGUGCUGAUAUGCCCGGAUCCCUCUUUGAUGACAACAUCACGACCUCUUGGAACGUGGCCAAGCUGCCUAACCUGCUCGAUGUCCUGGGGCAGAAAGUACCUGGUGUUAACACCGCAUACCUCUACUUGGGUAUGUGGAAGGCGACCUUCGCCUGGCAUUUGGAGGAUGUGGAUCUGUACAGCAUCAACUACAUCCACUUUGGGGCACCGAAGCAAUGGUAUAGCAUCUCACAGGAGGAUGCCCCUCGAUUUGAGCAGGCUAUGAAGAGCAUUUGGACCAGCGAUGCAAAGAAUUGUGACCAGUUCCUUCGCCACAAGACCUACCUCGUGUCGCCCACCCUCCUCAAGUCCCAGUACGGUAUCACGGUCAACCGACUAGUUCACUACGAGGGAGAGUUUGUCAUCACCUAUCCGUAUGGGUACCACUCCGGAUAUAAUUUAGGAUAUAACUGUGCCGAGUCAGUCAAUUUUGCCACGGAAAAGUGGCUGGAGUACGGUCGCGUGGCUAAGAAGUGUAACUGCGAAGCCGAUAGUGUCUGGAUUGACGUUGAUGAAAUCGAGCGCAAGCUGCGGGGGGAAUCGACACCGGAAUACUAUGGCGACUUCGAAAGUGAUUUGGACGAGAUGGAGGGCGCUUCCGAUCUCCUCACCCCGCCACGCAGUGUUCCCGAGAAGACUCGUGGUCGCAAACGGAAACACGACGGUGAAACCACCAAGGCGAAACGCACCAGGGUCAAUGUGGAGAGCCCGAGAAAGAUCCCCUGCGUUCUCUGUCCCAACAAUCUGGACUACGAGGAUCUACUGCCGACCGAAGAUGGAAAAUCCCAUGCCCACCGACGCUGCGCGCUGUACAUCGAAGAGACCAGCGUUCUCCAGGAUGAAUCUGGCCGGGAGGUAGUGUGCGACGUGGAUAAGAUUCCCAAAGCACGGAUGGGACUCAAGUGCCUGUUCUGUCGCGAAGUACGGGGUGCUUGCUUCCAGUGCAACUUUGGCAAAUGUACUCGGUCCUACCACGCCACCUGUGCGCUCCUGGCUGGAGUGCAAGUGGAGCAGGGGUUGUCCGCUGUCAUCGCCGACGAUGGCAAUCAGUACUCGGUGCCCAGCGUCGAUCUGAAGUGCAAAUACCACCGCCAGAAGAAGCCCAACUGGAUGAACAACUGCGAGUCGCCCGACCAAGACCGCAAGCUGAUCGAGACGGCCCAGCGGCUGGUGGCUGGGGAACUGGUGCAGUUCCAAGCUGACAAGGAGAUCAACGGGGCGGUGGUUCUGGAGAACCGGCCGCAGGAGCGGACGUUGAUGGUGAAAGUACUGCCACGAGGCGAUGUCAUCGAGUUACCAUACCGUUGGAUGCUCGUCGUCCGACGGAGCAACUUCUCGCCUCUUGCAGCAGGUACCAAGCCCCUUCCUGCCCACCUGGCUCGGAAGCCCGAGGGCCGGAAGGAAUUGGAAUCGGCGGUGCCGGUGGCAGGGAAUCCGUUUGGCGAUGGACGAUCUCCGUAUCAGUGGGCCGAGUUUGAGACGGUCGACACCGCUAAUCCGCGCGCCCCACCACCGUGCAAGGUGGAUUUGGACAGGAACGAUCAGAUCUGGUAUUACCUGGGCUCCUCGUCCACCGAAUGUAGGGCUCAGUAUACGCAUAACCCUAGCCAGCAGCAGCAGAAGAAGAACUCCCACUUCCCCGCCAAUACCUUUGCCAACGUCCGUGAGCUGGUGGCCCGUCGUCGACUAUCUCAGAUCACCGAUCAUGCCAAUAUCUUCGCCGGGUACACCAUCGUUAGCCCGGAGUUGGUGGUUGAGUCAUUGAUGGGCCCGAUGGGCUCUGUGCCACCGCCCAAUGGAUUGGAAAAAUUGGAACUUUCUAUGGCUCAACAACGAGUGCAGCCGCGGGCACCGGACGGUACGUUGCAACCGGUGCAGCAGCUGAACAUGCGUUCCGAGGAGGUGAACCGGCUGUUGCAGAUGUUACGGUUCUCCCUCGUCAGUUAUCUGGAGCGCCUGGAUGUGCUGCAGAAGAAAGAGUCGGAGAAUAGCAAACCCGCGACGGCCAAUGGAGUCGGUGUGCCCAAGCUGCCCCGAAAGUAUACGUACCUGGAGCAGCAGCAGGACCAGACCCCGACUGUGUACCGGUCGCCGUACGACAUGCCGUCCGGGUUUACCGAGUACGCGCAGCAGACUUUUGGCCUGACCCCCUGCGAGCCCGAGCUGCCGAAACCAUCGCUAGCGAACGACUACUUCGCCAGCCUGUCGCCCGAGGACCAAGAGAAGAUUCUAAAGACGUGUGGCAGCUUUGUGCAACGGGCUAUCGAGCGGACCACCAACCACAGCCGGCAAAGCUCUGCCUCCAACCUCCGACUGGCGUCGGCGCUGGCUCAGCAGACGGAGAACCCCACCAUCGACAUCACGACGGUCGAGGAUCUGCCCCUCUCGGGGCUAGACCUCCCCCUACACGCGGACUCGCCGUGCUCGAGUUUCAGCCGGUCGCACCUGCGGUUCCAGUCCCCUAAUGAAUUCGGGGGACAAGGGGCGGAAGUCCAGCACGACCACCACGACCUGUUUGGCGACCAGCAAGCGAACACGCGGUUCUGGCAACAUGGGCCAUGGGCGGCCGGCGAUGGCCAGACGCCUAACGAAGAGACACGACCGUUCUUCGGACCGCAUGAACGGCUAAAGCACGACUAUGCCUCGUCAGAUAUCUCGCUGGGUCGUGGACCGGGCUCGCUGCAUUCCGUGGACAUGGCCGGGUUUGGUCUCGAUGGGACGGACGACAUGUGCAACGUACUCAGCCCGUGA